CUCUCUCUCUCUCUCUCUCUCUCUCUCUCUCUCUCUCUCUUUAUUUAUUUAUACUGAUCAAAUGUACAGGGAAAACAGCUUCUACAUUACAUAAGAAUGUUGAUUUUACAGACUAAAGGUUACAGGGUUAGUGCAACCUACAUUAAAAUCUGAUCCUGGUGAUAUAUAUUACAUUCUAUAUGUACAACAAUAACUUACAUUAUAACAAUACCGAAUAUACUACGUUCAUUGUACACGAUUCACCCUUGCCUCAGUAACCAAUUGUUCAGUUUCACUUCAAAUGUCUGAGUGUUUGUGUCACUGAGGUUUAUCUCCUGUGAGACCAACUGAGUGCUCCAUUUCCUCUCACACGAGUUAAUAUAUUGUCUCUGGUGAUGCCACGUCCUGCAUCGGGUCAGCAAGAGCUCACCACGUGUCUGGGUGACCAUGCUGGUGGUGACCUGAGGGGAGCAUGCAGGCAGAUGUAGCUCCUGCAUGUGGCUCAUUCUUUCCACCUGCACUUUGUACAUCACCGUAAGCCCUGCCACGUCACGGCGAUGCUGGAGAGUGUGAAGUCAUGGCUGCUGCCCGGCACCGUCCCUGAUAAGCCUAGCUGCUCGGUUCUGUACUUUGUCCAGAACCCAUGCAAGGCACGAGAACUUCAAGGAGGACCUUACUUGUGCUUUAUAGAGCUACUCCAGCCCCUCACCAUCCAGCAACCACGACAUUCUUCGGAGUGAGGCAAACUUCCCGGAGGCUGCCCUGGCAAGGCACUCAGUGUGGGUCCUAAAGAUCAACCCUUGGUCGUAGGUGACCCCCAGCACCUCUACCUCCUCUUGUGGUGAAAGUGUUGCCCUGUUGAAGUUUAUGCGCAUGGCUGAGCAUGACCUUGAGACGAGGAGCAGCUCCAGGCCAUGAUGCGGCUCAGCCUGUCCUCCAGCUGCCUUGCUGCUUCAGACUCCUCCUCUGCCUGGUAACUCUUAGUCAGAGUUACAUCAUCAGCAUAAGCCCUGGUGCUGGGGAUGAGGUGCAUCAGGUCAUUGAUGUAGAUGUUCCACAGCAGAGGGCCGAGGCAACUUCCCUGUGGUACACCUGCCUUGAUGGGCUGCACCUCUGACUCCCAGCCACUGACGGUCACUCUCAGGUGUCUGUUGCUGAGGUAAUCCUCCAGCAGAGAUAGGGUGCACCAUUGAUGCCAGUUGCAUGAAUUUUAGUGAUCAGGGCUUUGUGCCACACCCGGUCGAAGGUGCCUUCAAUAUCCAGCUCAAAGCACCAAGUGUACAGUAAGGCAAGUGGUCACGCGAGUAAGCGAGGGCUUAUAUUGUCCAGCCCUGUCGCUUUAUUUUCGUCCACUUCUAGAAGCUAUUUCCUCACUUCGGAUUCACUCGUUUUAACUUCCAGAAGUAUGUCCUUUAUGGUGUGAGGCAUCGUUGCUGGUGUCCUCUCAGGGUCGGGCACGCUCAUUUUUCCAGUAGUGUUUCGCCAGGAGGUUGGCCUUAUCAUGUGCUGAGUGGGCCAGACUGCCAUCAUCCUGCAAAAAGGAUGGGAUGCUGGCACCUUGGCACCUCUCUCCUCACCCUGCUGGUCUUUCACAAUGCCCCACCACCUCUUCAUGCCCACCUGUCUGCCAUGGAGCUUCCUUCUGAGGUCCUCCUUCCAUUGCUUUGAGACCCACUCUUGAGUGUGCCUCAUUCUCAGGGAGGCUGCUCUGUGACGUCUUUUGUUGCCCUACGUCGGAUGCCUCUUGCAGGCUUUCCAUGCCCGGUAUUUGUCAUCAGAGGCUUCUCGGCACGCAGGUCUAAACCAGGGCUGGUCAGAGGGCUUGGUGGUGUGAGAGGAGUAUGGUACUCAGCGCUCUUAGGUAAGGUGAGUAGCAGCUCAGAGCUUCACCUGCUGGUUGACAUCUCCACUCAACAGCUCCUCAGUUCGUCCUUCUCAGGUCCCCCUGUAAAGCUCCUCAGUCUGUGGCUUCCUACUUCCACAGAGUGCGGGAGAAGCUCUCCUCACGUUGCCGUCUGAAGUGGACUUUGGUGAUGACAGCCACAUGAUCUGAGGUGCCUAUAAAGUCCAAGGGUGAACACUGAACAUCACUGGGGAGGAGAUCGGUCACCACAGGGUCAAGAGAUGACCCAGAGACAUGAGUGGGGAAGGUGACCACCAGUAGCGUGUUAAAUGAAGCGUGCACUGUGUGUGGGUUGUCACCUACAAUUAUUACUCCCUCACACUGGUUGGCCAUCAACAUUAGGUCCAGGUUUUCUGUGAGGUAGCGCUGCGCCUUGAGGACGAUAACAGCCAAUGCACAGUACACUUCUACCCACACUGUCUAUUAUUUUCCAAAAUUCCAGGUCUCUGGGCAUGUUCGUGGGUCUACCACCUGAACGUUAACACACUAUAACAGAAGGCCACACCACCUCCCCGUGUGGAGCGGUCUUUCAUUAUCCAGGGCGAGUAACCCCGGACGCGGGCGUAGCUUGGAGAUUGCUGCCUGUCCGGAGCCAUCACACUGAAAUAAUAAUGCAGCGAUUUCUCCACUUCCUGGUGGCAUUGCUGGUGAUCACGCUCAUCCUCGCUGGCUACAGCAACAAAUAUCUCAAGGAUCAGCUAGUCCGAUUGAACCAAACCUUCAUCUACGUCAACGAAACGGAAACCUAUCUCAAGGCUUGCAAAUUGAGUGUGAAUGAACUGAAGCACUCUUUAACGACGUGCGACGAGAGCGAAACUACGCUAAACAAGAAGAUAAACGAGCUUCAGAUAAAAAUUGGGGAACUGAAGAAGAAGGCAGACCAACUCCCAGAGAAAGAUAAAAUGGUCGAAGACCUAAAGCGUCAGAUCGCGCAAGCUACUAAGAAUGAGGAGGCCCUGAAAGCGAAGGUGAAGGAGGCGGAGAAUGCUCUGGACAUCUUGGCGAAGGAGGCGGAGGCACGAAGAGCUCAAGAAGCCAAGAAAGCUGAAGGGGCCAGAAAGAGUGAUGAAGCCAAGAAGGCUGAAGAGGCCAAAAAGACUGAUGAAGCCAAGAAAGCUGAAGAGGCCAGAAAGACUGAUGAAGCCAAAAAGGCUGAAGAGGCCAGAAAGAUUAAAGAAGCCAAAAAGCAAUAGAAGGGAGUUCCUGACGACUAUAUAAACCACAGAAAAGAAAUCAAAGUCAAAAUUGGAAAUUUGAGGGAAAUGAAUGAUAAUAAUAAUUGACAAACUUGUUCAUCUGCAGAAAAUUGAGUGAAUAUUGCCAGACUUAUGGAUAUCAUGACUUAUUCCUACUGUCUGUGGAAUCGGGAUUUAAGAUCAAGUCAGCCAAUAAGCAGGAACCAGUGACUCACUCUUUGCAGUUUGCUACCUACAAGCGGGCAAAGAAAAGUAUGACCUCAAAAAUUGAAUUAUAUAUAUAUAUAUAUAUAUAUAUAUAUAUAUAUAUAU